AUGGAUCAACGCAGAGGACUUUUCCGUUUUGACGCCUCUUUACUUCGUCUUCCGAAGUCUCAGAAACUUAGAUCUGCAGGUGUUUACCUCGCCGGAGCCUUGUUCGCAAUCGGUUUCUGGUCUAUGGUGGAUGCUGCGAUAUAUUCCAAAACUGUCAACGCUAGUGUUGUACAUAUUACUUUCGUGGACUGGAUCCCAUUCAUCUGCUCUACUUUGGGCAUGUUCAUAGUGAACUCUAUUGAGAAAUCGAAUUUGUUUGCGGACGGUCAGAACUCCUUCUUGGGCGAUGGCAAUUCGCAUGCUUGGGCAGCUAGGGUGAUUUUAUUUUUUGGUUUUUCCUUAUUGGCCGGGGGUUUAGCCGGCUCUUUCAUGGUAUUCAUCCUAAAGUUCUUGAUGAAGCACUACACCUUCCCCACUUUGGGCAUGGGUGUAUCUAACAUUAUUUGCAACGGCUGUAUCAUGCUAAGUUGCAUUGUUUUGUGGUUAUCACAAAACAUCGAAGACGAGUACAGUUACAGCUUGGCCCUAAACUAA